CUUCAAUGGCAAAUGUAUUACAAAUCAUAUUUUGAUUCAAAAACAUCCAAAACAGGCAAAAUAUCCGGAUCAGCAGCAACUCACAUGCUUCCUGCUGCUUUCACUCUCUAGCGCCAUACUCAUUUCCAUCGAACUCCUCCCAUUCCCACCGUAAAGUUCAAGCUACACGAACCUCAAAGUCACUCACAGCACCUCUACAUGUAGUGCAGUGCCAUUACCGACGGAUCCAAGAAGCAUUGAAAUGGCAAUAUCCACCUCUCUCUCCUUGUUCUCCGCCUCUCCCUCUUCCUCUCCAAAGCCCAUUCUCGCCGGUCCCGUCAAGCCCAGUAGUGUAACUGUCCGCUUCAAGAAUGGUGGCGGCUUAUCUGCAGGAGAUGACCUGCCGAUGGACUACGAGACGUGGCUCCCGAAACGGGACGUCAAGGAUCGCAGGAGGGCCGGAAUUCUCCUCCACCCGACGUCGUUGCCUGGUCCUUUUGGCAUCGGUGAUCUCGGCCCUCAAGCCUUCCAGUUCGUCGACUGGCUUCACGACGCCGGCUGCUCCCUUUGGCAGGUUCUGCCUCUUGUUCCUCCUGGGAGGAGGGCUGAUGAAGAGGGAUCUCCAUACUCUGGACAGGAUGCUAACUGCGGCAACACUCUUUUGAUUUCUCUUGAAGAACUUGUGAAAGAUGGUCUACUGUCAAAGGAAGAGCUUCCAAAACCAUUAGAUAUGGAUCGUGUGAAUUUCACAGCUGUUGCUGACAUCAAGGAUCCCUUGGUAGCUGAGGCUGCAAGGAGGCUUAUUUUGUGUGAGGGGGAGCUAAAGGAUCAACUUCUGGAGUUCCGUAAGGAUCCAAACAUUGCAGGUUGGCUUGAGGACGCGGCAUACUUUGCUGCCAUUGACGACACUUUGAAUACAUUUAGCUGGUAUGAUUGGCCUGAUCCGUUGAAAAAUCGUCAUCUUGCUGCUUUGGAAGAAAUUUAUCAAAGCAAAAAGGAAUUUAUAGAUAUAUUCAUUGCUCAGCAAUUUUUGUUCCAAAGGCAAUGGCAAAAGGUUCAUGAUUAUGCACGGAUGAAAGGAAUCAAUAUCAUGGGAGAUAUGCCUAUAUAUGUUGGUUAUCAUAGUGCAGAUGUGUGGGCUAAUAAGAAACAAUUUUUGCUGCAGAACAGCAGCAGCUUUCCUCUCCUAGUUAGUGGCGUUCCUCCAGAUGCCUUCAGUGAAACUGGUCAGCUCUGGAACAGCCCUUUAUAUGAUUGGAAAGCUAUGGAAAGAGAUGGAUUCUCAUGGUGGAUACGGCGUAUAAGGCGCGCACAAAAUUUAUUUGAUGAUUUCCGGAUUGAUCACUUUCGAGGAUUUGCUGGCUUUUGGGCUGUUCCUUCAGAAGCAAAAGUUGCAAUGGUAGGGCGAUGGAAGGUCGGACCUGGGAAGUCUCUUUUCGACGCCAUCUUCAGAGCUGUUGGAGAUAUCAAUAUCAUAGCAGAAGACUUGGGGGUAAUUACGGAAGAUGUGGUGCAGCUUAGGAGGUCCAUUGGGGCACCUGGAAUGGCAGUCCUCCAGUUUGGCUUCGGUAGUGAUGCUGAAAAUCCACAUUUGCCCCAUAAUCAUGAACAAAACCAAGUCGUGUACACCGGCACUCAUGACAACGACACGAUUCGAGGAUGGUGGGACAUUUUGCCACAAGAAGAGAAGUCUAAUGUGGUCAAGUAUCUCGGUAAUAUUGUCGAAGAAGAUAUCUCGUGGGGGCUAAUCCAAGCUGCACUUUCUUCAGUUGCGAAAACUGCAAUUAUACCCAUGCAGGACGUGCUGGGAUUAGGAAGUUCUGCUAGGAUGAACAUUCCAGCAACUCAGUACGGAAACUGGAGCUGGAGAGUACCCAAAUCGAAGCCCUUUGACAGCUUGAUGUCCGAAGCAAAAAGACUAAGAGAAAUGCUUAUAAUGUACGGUCGCCUCUGACAGUCCUUCGAAAUCCUGCUGGUAAGAGCACUCAGAACUUGGCCUGCUACCGUUUUCAAGUUCUUCUCCGUACCUUCCAGCUGGUUAUAAACGUCUGAAACAUCAGCAGCAGUAUAAAACACACAAAGAUAGCAGUCUUGUGCUGUGACUAAAAAAUGUGCCUGCCGUGCCGUGAAAUAAGCCGGCUCGACUCUGAAUCUCAACAGCGUCUAUGGCUUCACAAGGAAUUUGAAGAAUGCGGCUUCGUUCAGGGGUGUAAGUACCUCGUGUAAAUCAAAUAAUAACUGGUACAAUAUGUUCCCUUUGUGGGUAUGAUGGUUGCUGUUGUUACUAUUAACUUUCCUUUGUGUCUGUUGUUUCCAUUAGCAUGACAUGAAUGCCAAUGCAAUUUUAUUACCAAUAUUUGCCAU